AUGACAGCAGUUGGCAAGGAUGGCAAUAAUGGUGUUUACCCAAUUGCAUUUGCCGUGGUUGAGGCAGAAACAAAGGACUCAUGGAUAUGGUUCAUGAAAAGGUUGCUUGAUGAUAUUGGAAGUUUAAGGGAUGAAGGGUGGACCUUCAUGUCUGACCAGCAAAAGGGAUUAACACAAAUGUUUGAUGAGCUCAUGCCAGGUGUGGACCAUCGAUUUUGUGUUCGACAUCUAUAUAAUAACUUUAGUAAGGAUUAUAAAGGUAAGCUACUAAAGGAUCGCAUGUGGGCAGCUGCUAGGGACACUAACAUGUCUGAGUUUCAGUUUGAAAUGGGGAAGAUCAAGAAGUUAAACACAAAGGCAUGGGAAUGGGAUAAACCAAUAAUCACCAUGUUGGAGGAGAUUAGAUUGCAUUUGAUGGCUUAUUAUAUUAAGAAGAAGGAGAAAAUGGUUCCAGUUUGGUGUGGGGAUUGCAAUGAGUCAAAGUUUGAAGUAUCAAAAUUGCCUGACAAGUAUGUAGUUGACAUAAAGCAGCGUACAUGCUCAUGUGGAUCAUGGGACCUAACUGGGAUUCCUUGUGCACAUUCUAUAGCUGCAUUGGGAUAUAUGGGUCACACGAUUGAGGAUUAUGUGCAUCAUUGCUAUAGUAUGGAGUCCUUAGCCCAGACAUACGAGUCAUGUGUAUACCCUAUUAAUGGUCCCAAGUUGUGGCCACAAAGUGGCAGAGAAACCAUACUCCCUCCUAAAAAAAUAAGACAAGGGGGUAGGCCUAAAAAGAAGAGAAAGAAGGAACCUGGUGAGCUAAAUAAUCCAUAUAAGAUGAAGAGGAGAAUUGGCCAUGUUAAAUGCAGCCAAUGUGGGAAAGUAGGCCAUAACAAGAGGAGGUGUAAUCCUGCUACGAAUAAAUCAGCAACUCAAGCUAGCAAACAACAAAGAGUAAGAGAGCCAAAUGUAACAACUCAGAGUUUGGAAGACCAAGAUCAUGGGGCAUCUUUAAGCCAUGUAGAACCUACUAAUGAGGCAGCACAUCCAUCACAAACAAGCCAUGAAGCACAUGCAAAUCAACAUAAUGAAAAACUACCUUUUAGGAAAGGAAAAGCCACAACACAAAGUCAGCAAGCAUCCCAAUGUGAAAGAGUGCAUCGAAUUCAACCAGCAUCUCAGGUUAUGAUCAUUACAUUUAUAUGUUAAAAUCAAAUUGCCUAUAUUGUUUCUACUAGAUUAAUAUCCUUGUGCACUUUC